CGCUUUAUCAACAGUUUUGGACGGUGGCGAAAUGGUCACCUGGGAUGAGGACAUCAACUUCGCGAGCGCUUUGCUUUUGCAUAGUUGCCUGACUGUAUUCAUCAAAGAGAUUCUCAACCUUCUCACCAUCGUCAUCAGGCUGGCGCCGUUCCGCCGCAAGGCUCGACAACGAACCCCAAACGCCCGGUCCGUCCUCCUAGACGGUUAUACCUCAAUCCUUUCCAACGAUAACGAUGGCGACCUCGCCGAGCUGUACUUCACCAACACGGGCCUCCUUCUCUUGAGCGCAUCUCUUGCCUCCGCCAUCGCCAUGAACCUAUUCCUGUCCGACAUGGUUCUCAACGUCUUCGUUGCCUGCACUUUUGGCUUCUCCUUUGUGGUCUCUGUCUUCUCGUGCCGUCGAAGCUGGUUGCGCCUCAUUCUUGCUCUGCGACGAGCGGGGCGAUUUGUCUGGUCUGAUACGCCGUUUGUCAACUUCUUCUCCCUCAUUUAUCUUGCGGUGGUGUUGAAGAGCUCGACGACUAUGAGGCUGAAGGAUUAUGUGACGCUGAGGAGCAUUGCCAUUAUCGAGCUGGUUUUCAUGAAGGCGUAUAUUGCAGCGGCUAGUAUGGAUCGCCAGAUUGAGUUAUUGCGUUCUCUACACAAGUCUCGGCUUGUGCUUCUCCAGGAACAGAAACCUGAGAUCGAGACUACUGAGCCUCCCCGACUCGAGAGAAGCUCCAUAGUUCCCUUCACGACUGCUCAAAGGAUGUCAGUGAUGCUCAUCAAGACAACUGUAGGCCAUGACUUUGGAGCAGUCAGGGGCUCAAAAGGUCCCGGCACUAUUCCUGUACCACCAGUCGGCUUCUUCGCGAAUGAUGACGUGGGUUCGGGAGACUGGCGUGUCUAUCGCCUACGAGCCGACGUCAUGCUGAUUGCCGAUAAUCUGCGGGCCACGGAUCCGAAGGAGUGGUGGAAACGAUUGAUCAAAAAAAUGCACGGGAUAUUCCUCAAGCAGUUGAAGAAGGUACGGGUUGUUUACCUCCUAGGAGUGGGUGAUAAGCAUGUUGUUGGCGGUUCAUGCGAGGGCGAAGUCUCGCUCUGGGUGUCGAACGUGAAUCUUGUGACUGGAGUUAGUAGUUCGGUCUUGGAAUCUUACAGAUUAGUUGAGGACGGAAGCACUGAUUCAGGCAUAGUCUUAUAGGGGACAGGUAAUGUGAAGAGGAAGCUUAUUUGGAGCACUCGUCUGUUUAUUUUGUUGAUCAAUGAAUU